UCUGUUUUAACCCAGAAGAAAGGACAAGUCUUAUCAUAUUAGCAAAACCUGUGGACGCUGAUGGAAGAGCAUUUAGACCGAUUUGGCAGACAUAUCGGUGUAUGUCACAACUUUAUCAAAUAUCUUAAGUAUGACAUCCACAUAUGGCUCCAAAGAUGCCGUCUUUAUGAUGUCUUUUUGCUAUUUACCCUACAUCUUCUCUGUUCAAAUCCUCACAUCUCCUCCUGCUGAUGACCUAUGCAUGUAUGGAUGAAACAAGUGUGAAAAAACUUGUUUUUUAUAUAGAUUUUUUACAUUUUCCAGUUUAUAAUUAAGAAUGGAAAAUGGGGAAUGAAAAAAAAAUGGAAAUGUAUUAUUUUCAAAAUGGAUGACACGCAGAUUAUUAAGCCAUUCCACAACAAACUGUGGACAAAACCUGAGCUAACUGUAGUAAAGAAACUGUGAGCUAUGUCAGACCGGGUCCAGGUGUUAAUGCCAUUACAACGGUGACUCUCCAUACUCAGAAGUAUUCAGCCUUACAGUAGAACUGAGACUAAUGAUGCAUGACUAUAUUAUUGCCAUGUGAGUACUUCAGGCUCCUUAAAAAGAGGAGGUGUAUGGAUGGUAUGUACUGCAAAAACAUUCAAUAUGGCAUGACGUUAAGAUCCUGGGGUGUGUCCGGUCUUUGUGUGUUUAAAAAAGGCCACCUGCAUUGGACACAAGCUUUCAUGCCAAACAUCUAACUCCUCUAAGAACUCUGGUGGACCGAGCACAUUAAGAGGAACUGUCUGAAGCAUCUGUGCUCUCUCUGCUUUUCACACUAUGAAGUUACCAACUGUGCUAUUCUAUGUCCUGGUCUUGGCUGUCUCCUUCACAAUCCAGGUAACAAACGCAAAGACCUUUUCAACUACAAAGGCAACAACCUAUUCCACAAUGACUAAUGGAACAACCAUAAGACCAAUGAACACCACCUUGUUGAUGCCAUCACAAACCAGCACCACAAAUAACAUAACUCCAUCAACUGCAACCCCAUUGACGCCAAACAACCACACCCCUCCAAGGGUAAUGAGUGUCACCACUACAGUUCCUAUAAACCUCACUGUGACAUCUUCAAAUAGAACAUCUACGAUAACCUUGAAUACUACAAUCACAAUGAUGCCACCAAAUACCACCACUUUGAUGUCAUUGAACAACUCCGCUCCAAUACUAAUGAAUGUUACCUCUACAGUUCCUUCAAAUGCUAGAAUUACAAAGAUGCCUCCAAAUGCCACCACUUUCUUUCCAUCAAACAACACCACAAGACCAGUGGUGAAGAAUGUCACCACUACCAUAAGACCUCUAAAUGCCACCCCUGUGAUGUCUUCAAAUGGAGCAUCUACAAUACCUUUAAACACUACCACCACAGUGAUGACUUCACGUAGAACAUCUACAGUACCUUUAAAUGCUACCACCACAGUGAUGACUUCACGUAGAACAUCUACAGUACCUUUAAAUGCUACCACCACAGUGAUGACUUCACGUAGAACAUCUACAGUACCUUUAAAUGCUACCACCACAGUGAUGUCUUCCCGUAGAACAUCUACAGUACCUUUAAACGCCACCACCACAGUGAUGCCUUCACGUAGAACAUCUACAGUACCUUUAAAUGCUACCACCACAGUGAUGCCUUCACGUAGAACAUCUACCACCUCACUGCCAGUAAAUGCCACUCAUGUGAUGCUAUCAACCAUCACAAUACCUGCAAAUGACCCCAUCACAAUGAUGACACCAAAUGGCACCACUGUGAAUCCAUGGAGGCCAACUUCUGUGACUUCCACGGACAAUACGACUACAGUGGGAACAAACGUUACCAUGGUGACUGAGUCAUCUACAUCUGCUACAAUAUCACAAUACUACAACACUACAGCAGCUCCUAACAAAACUAUCAUGUCUCCUAGAACAACACAAUCCAGCAGCCUUGUUGUUCACCCUAAUCUGAUCACCUGUACUCUGCCGGUUCUACUUUAUCUACUGUGGAACUGAAUAUAUUCCAAUAUCAUGUGCCCAAGUGUUUUAUUCCUGUUAUGCCACUUUAUGUUAUGUUAUGUUAAGUUUUUUCUUACUAAUUAGGGUCUUUGUUGUCACUUCAAGCCACCAGAAUAAUGUGAUGCAAAAGGUUUAAGUAAUAUCAAAGUAUAUUAAAAAAAAAACUGCC